CCUUAUUUGUACGAUUUAUAUUACAAUUAUAUAGGAUAGUUGAAGCUCCCUUCCAUUUUCUCCGUUAGUUUGCAGGAAUUUGUCUCAUAAACAGCUUCAUAUUCAGAUAUAAUAUGGCUUCUACUUCGUCUGUUCCGCAACAAUGGAAAUAUGAUGUCUUUAUUAGUUUUAGAGGCGCAGACACUCGCGAUGGGUUUCUUAGUCAUCUCUUCGACGCUUUAUGCAGAAAUCAAAUUAUUACCUUCAAAGAUGAAAAUCUUGACAGAGGAGUAGAGAUCUCAAAUAAUCUCUUGCAAAUAAUUGAAGAAUCAUAUUUUGCAGUCGUUAUUUUUUCAGAAAAUUAUGCAAAUUCGUCAUGGUGUUUAGAUGAACUAGUGAAGAUAAUCGAAUGCAACAAAUUGAUGGGACAACAGAUAUUACCAGUAUUCUACCAGAUAGAUCCAACUGAUGUGCAAGAGUUGACCGGAAGCUAUGGCGAUGCGUUUAUCAAGCACAGAGAAGAGUUCAAGGAUGAUUUGGAUAAAGUGGAGAAUUGGAGCCGUGCUUUGAAGGAAACCGCAGGAAUGUCAGGAUUGGUUUCACAGAACCUUAAGCCUGAAUCCAAACUAAUUGAAGAAAUUGUUAACCACAUUUUGAAGAAAUUAAAUGAGACAUUUCCUAAUGAUCCUUGUGAUGAUGGUUUGGUUGGAAUUAAACCACGUAUCAAGGAUCUUGAAUCAUUAUUGCACUUAGAAGCUAUGGAUGUGCGCUUCAUAGGAAUUUGGGGGAUGGGCGGUAUAGGUAAAACAACUCUUGCUAGCAAAAUAUUUGAUCAAUUAUCUUCCCAAUUUGAUGGUCGAUGCUUCAUUUAUAAUGUUAGGGAAAAACUGGAAAAGUACACAUCAGAUGGCUUACAGCAUGAAAUCCUUUCCCAAAUAUCGGGGAAACAAAACUCAAAUGUUUGCAUGCCGAUCAUGUUAUCAUCUUCUAUUAAAAAAAUAUUCAUUAGGAAAAAGGUUUUCAUUGUUUUGGAUGAUGUGAGCGAUCUAGGUGCAUUGGGAUUUUUGAUAGGAGACAAUGCAAUUUAUGCUCAAGGGAGUAGAAUUAUUCUGACAAGUAGAGAUAAACAAAUUCUCAAGAAUAGAUGUGUUGAUAUAUAUGAAGUUCAAGAGUUGAAUUAUAUUGAGGCCAUUCAACUCUUUAGAAUCCAUGCCUUUAAACAAAACCAUCCUAUUGAAGCACUUAUGAAAAUGGCAAAUAGGGCAAUAUUGUACACAAAGGGUGUCCCAUUAGCUCUUCAAGUUUUGGGUUCCAGUUUAUACAAUAAGAAUGCAGUAGAAUGGGAAGAUCAAUUGAAAAAACUAGAAGAUAGUCCUGAUAAGACAAUCCAAAAUACUCUGAGGGUAAGUUAUGAUGGAUUGGAUGAGAACGAAAAGGAAAUAUUUCUUGACAUUGCAUGUUUCUUUACGUCAGAGGAUAAAGAUCAUGUUGAAAGUGCAUUGGAAUGUUUGGGUCAUUUUGCAAGAAUUGGAAUAAGUUGUCUUCUUGAUAAAUGUCUCAUUUUUAUUUCUAAGAAUAAGAUAGAAAUGCAUGAUUUGUUACAACAAAUGGGCAAAGAUAUCGUUAUCAACGAAUGCCAUAAAAAUCCUAGAAAGCGUAGCAGGUUGUGGAAUCCUCAAGAAAUCAUCAAUGUAUUGACAAAAGAUUUGGGGACAAUUUCAACUGAAAGCAUUUCCUUAGACAUGUCAAAAAUUCAAGAUAUUGAGCUAAGUUCCGGUGCAUUUGAGAGGAUGAACAAACUUAAAUUCUUAAAAUUAUAUUGCCCUUACUACGAAGAAGACCUUUCCAGUUAUCAACAAAACAAAAUUUUUGAUCCCCACAAAAGAAAUUAUGUCUCUCUCUCAGAAGAGCUCAGCUUUUUACCAAAUGAUUUGAGAUAUCUAUAUUGGUAUAAAUAUCCUUCAAAAUCUUUGCCAAUGAACUUUUUUCCAGAAAAUCUUGUUCACCUUCAUUUGAUGCACAGCCAUAUUCAACAACUUUACAAUAAAAAUCAGUGUCUUUUAAACUUGAGAUUCUUGGACCUCAGCUAUUCUGUGGAUCUACUGAAAAUGCCAGACUUGUCAAAAUUCUUGAAACUUGAAAGUUUACGCUUGAAAGGUUGUGAAAGUUUGGUUGAGAUUUUCUCAUCUAAUCAACCUGAUAGCAAGCUUUCACAUAUUGAUCUUGGACAUUGCAAAAGGCUCGAAAGUAUUCCAAGCUUUCUUCAUUUGAAAAAUCUUAAUUUUCUUUCUCUUGAAGGUUGCUCAAAUAUCAAUGAGUUUCCAAAAGUUCCCAGGAAUAUAGGACAUCUCAUCCUAGAUAGAAUUGCAGUAGUCAAAGUUCCCUCAUCAAUUAGGCGACACAAUUCACUCACUAAAUUGUCUUUGUAUGAAUGUACGAGGAUCAAAUUUCUUCCAAACGGUAUCACUGAGUUGAAGUGUCUUGUAGAUCUUAAUCUUAGUGGAUGCUCAGAACUGGUAAGUCUUCCGGAUAACAUUGGCGAGCUGAAGCGUCUAAAAGAUCUAGAGCUUAGCAAUUGCUCAAAACUUAUGAAUCUACCGGAGGGCAUUGGAAAUUUGAAGUCUCUUAUGUUUCUUGAUAUAAGUUUAUGUCAAAAUCUCAAAGAAUUACCAGAGAACUUGGGGGCUUUAGAAUCUCUUAAGUGGCUUUGUGCAACCAAAAGUGGUAUAAAAAGGAUACCAUCCUCCAUCAAUUGCUUGAGCAAACUUGAUAGAUUAAAAUGCGAUGAAUGUGAAGGAUUGGUGUUGCCUUCUUUCACGGGUUUGUCCUCUCUAAAACACAUUUCUCUAGAGAAUUGUGGUAUGAUAGAAAUUCCGAGCAGUAUGUCCUCUUUAGUUUCAUUAAGGGAAUUGAAUUUAAAUGGAAAUAACCUAGAGAUGUUGCCUACUAGCUUCAAAAAUCUUCCUAAGUUAGAAAAACUCUCUUUAAGUAACUGUAAGAGGCUUAAAUGUUUAUCUGAUCUCCCAUCAGCUCUACAAAGCUUAGUUUUAAGUAACUGCACAAUGCUAAAAGUACUGCCAUCAUCUCUCACAAAAGGAAAUAUGGAUUCGUUAUGGUUCCUUGAUACUCGUAAUUGUGCUAAUUUGGAUCAGAAUGAGUGCAAAAUGACUGUGGAUUAUAUGAUACUGAGACUAGAAAGUUGUUUGCCGCAGCUGAAACUCUAUGCAUUUGGAAAUUCUCUCUAUGAUACUUUUCAGGAAAUGGUUCAACAAAAUGUUAAAAUUUGUACAUUUUUACGCGGGCUGCACAUUGGUGGAGGUGAAAUUCCACCAAAACUGAUGUAUCUAAAUAACAACGGAUCAUCUUUGCUAUUACCAUUAAGAUCGGGGCCGCAUGACUUUAUGGUUCUUGCCUUCUGGGCCUUUGUUGCAGUGAAAGAUACGCCAUCUGAAGAUUGUGAUUCUGACAAUGAAAUAUAUGUGAAAUGUGAAUGUAGAUUCAUGGAUGAUUCUGGACAAAUUCUUUGUUUUGAAACAGUAUACAGGGAGCGUAUUUUCAAAUCACUUUUGCAUGAUGAGGUGUUUGGAUCAGAACACACUUUCUUGUGGUAUUCAACAGUUCAAUUCACCCACUCCAAAUACAGUUUCAGUACGUUCUCUUUUGAAUUUUAUACUAAAAUCUACUGUGAUGGCCGAGAACACUUGAGCUCUACCGCGGUGGUAAGCAAGUGUGGAAUUCAUAUAUUAUUUGAUGACAAUAACAUUGGCCCCCUUACACAUGAAGAUAACAUUGCCCCCCUUAAUGUACCUUCGGCGUGGAGGUUUUACAAAGACGGACAACAUAGAAUCGAAAUCAAAGAGCACGACGAAGACGAAGAUGAAGGACAAAGUAGCAGUGAGGAUGAUGAAGAGGAAGAACAAAAUAGCAAUCAGGAUGAUGAAGAGGAAGGACAUAGUCAUCCAAAAAGGACACUAAUAUCAUCAUUGUUUACGAAUUUUUUAUAUGGACUUUGUUCAAUAUGUUAUCCCAGCCAGACAGUGAGAGAUUCAAUAUAAUUGUAACAUUCAAUUAUGGGACAAUUAGUAUAUGGUUGUGAUUUACAGUUUAUUUGAAUUAUUAAUUUUAUAGCGUAUUUUAAUUGUA